AUGCAGCAAACCCAGGUACAAGAAACGGGGGAAAGGGAGAAAGGGAAGCUAGAUCGGGCAAAGCGAAGAGUCGGGCUCCUCAGUAGGGCGAACACGGAGAGGGGCGGCUGGCUGGAGAGUGGGGAGGGAAACAGGUGCUGGGGAGAAGAAAGGACCAAGCAGAAAGAAAGGGGAAUAGCGAUACGAAACACCGGUACCGCCCCUCGCGGCCCAAUACCGCAACCCCGCCCUUCCUGGCUUCUGUCCCGUCGUGCCCUACCCUUCCCCCCUUUCCCCUGCCGGUUUUGUACCCCCCUCUCCUCUCGUUCCCCUCCUCUCUUCUCUCCACCUCGUUCUUCCUCUCCCCCUCCCUCUUCUCCUUUGUUCCCUCCGUUACUCCCUUCACCCCCGUCCUCCUUCUCUUACUCUUUCUUCCUUGCUUCCCCUCCUGCCCUCCUUCGCCCCUUUCCUCUCUUCCCCCUUCUCUUCCUUUCUUCCUUCUCACGCCUUUCCCCCCGUUUACGUUCCCUUUCCUCCUCCCUCUUUCCUCCUUUCUAA